UCCUCGCCGGAGAAGGCGCUACAAGGUCCGUACGAUCAUAUUUUGGAAACCUUCGCUGAGAAGUACGUCCAGCCGAAGCUUUACUCCGCCGCGUUUCAAUCUCCUCCUCCUCCUCCCCCGCCGUUGGCCAACGUGAUGCCUCGUCUUCCCGUCCCCGACGCUGAUCCGGUCCUCUCGCUCGGAUCCGUUAACUCUACGACGUCGUCUUCCACCGUCCUUCCUCUGUGGAUGAACGUCAACUCCACCAGCACCGCUUCGUCUUCCACCUCGUCGACCACGCCGUCGCCAUCGGUGAGUCUCACGCUAUCUCCCUCCGAACCGGUCGUUCUCGACUCGGAAAUGAACCGAUUGUUACCGGUUCAGCAGAUGGGAGCCUUAGUCCUAUACUGCAAGGAGUUGGAAGAAGGGCGCCAGAGUUGGCUUCAACACAAGAAGGAGGCGACAUGGCGACUGAAUCGAUUAGAGCAACAGCUGGAAUCGGAGAAAGCGAGAAAGAAGCGAGAGAAAAUGGAGGAGAUGGAAGCGAAGAUACGUAGGUUGAGGGAGGAAGAAAUGGCGUAUUUGGGAAGAAUCGAAAGCGAUUACAGAGAGCAAGUAAGUGCUAUGCGAAGAGACGCAGAGAACAAAGAGGCCAAGCUGCUGGAAGCCUGGUGCAGCAAGCAUACGAAAUUAACGAAGCUUGUGGAGCAAAUUGGAAAUCAGGGGCAAGGGUUGGUUGUUGUAGCUGCAGGGAAUUCGAAGGAUAUGAUCCAUUGAAACCGGUGGAGGAUGGAGCCGCGCUUCAAUGGCCGUCAAUGGCGGUGGAGUUAAAUGCAGGUUGGUUUCUUCUCUCUGUACUGAUUAUUAACACAGACUGGUUUAUGUUGGGAACAAUUACAAGCAGAGGAAGAUAAAAAAAAAGCAAUAAAAGAUGAAAACUCAUCUCUCUGUUCCAAAGGGUACCUCCCUACAAACUGUUCUGAAUUUGCUUUUAUUUAUUCAACCAAAUAUAUGUUUCUGUUUCUUUC